AGUCACAACUAGCUGAGCAAAUACAACCAUUGGAAAAAGACAUGCGGAAGAAACACGAUGAUAUGAUUAGGGAACUAAGCAAAUACAUCUCACCAGAGUUACGGCAUGAGUGGGAUCUAUUUCGUAAUGGACUGACAUCGUAUCUUACAAGGCGUGUGAUAUACGGGUCAGGUUUAACGUUUGUAGGGGAUCAUUGUGAAAUCCUCUUUCGUCAGGGUAUCAUCAAGUUAGGAGAUUACAGUGUCCUCUUAGAAGUUGUCAACUCUAUAGACGAACGUGCCGGUGAUAUAGUCAAGAGAGCAACAACAGCCAUCAAAGAUAUCAAAACGAGGAUAUCCAAUCUAAAGCCCAAAGAGGGUCAGCUGGAAGUAGGCGGUGGUGAGAGGUCAACAAUAUACCAGUCACAACUCGCUGAGGAAAUACAACGAUUGGAAAUAGACAUACGAAAGAAACACGCAGAUAUGAUUAGGGAACUAAACGGAUGCAUCUCACCACAGUUACCGAACGAAUGGAAUCUAUUUCGAAAUGGACUGACUCCGUAUCUUACGAACCUUGAGAUAUACGGGGAAUGUGUAACGUUUGUAGGGAAUCAUUGUGAAAGUCUCUUAAGUAAGAAUAUCAUCAAAUUAGGAGAUUACAGUGUCCUCUUAGAAGUUGUCAACUCUAUAGACGAACGUGUCGGUGAUAUAGUCAAGAGAGCAACAACAGCCAUCAAAGAUAUCAAAACUAGGAUAUCCGAUCUAAAGCCCAAAGCUAGAUCAGAUCAUAUCACAAGCUCAGCAUACAAAAAGGAAGACCCGUUUUUUGAAAAUACUGAGGAAUCCUCUACAUUUCUAAAAGCGUCUACAAGCCCACGCGAGAGAAUCAUAGAUGUUGGCAAACGGGAAAAUAUGAUCAGGCUGCUGUACUGUGAUCAUAAUGAAAUUGUAUGAACACCUUAUAUAACGACCACAUCAAAUGGUUCCAUAAAAAUACCUUUCUCUCAAACAAAAUACCUACGUCAGUUUGACUUCUGAAAUUACUUCAAUUGACAUCUUUUUUUGCGAAUUUAUACUAUGUUCACGAUGAAUCUUCUACAUGUAAAUCGGUGUUUGUUAUGCAAGUUUUGUACUUUAAAGUAGGUCCUCCCUCGAUGAUUCAUGUAUGAAACCCCCUUUUUUCUGAAAUCAAUAAAACAAUGUCUACAAUAAAACAAAUCAUUACCCUUGUUAGUUUUCAAUCUAGGGUACAUA